CAAAGAAGACGUGGGCAGUUCUGCAGUAAAGGCUUCUGUGUCAGAGGCUGCAAAAGAGAUGGUUGAAAACGCCUCGAAUAGGAAGCCUGGCGGAGAGCAUAUUCUGGAAGAAUACAGGGCAGAAAAUUCACUGAGCCUCCGCACCCGGAGACAGCUUGUUAACAUAUUGGCAAGUGAUGUGACCGAGAGACGCAGGAUUCCUUCCCAUCAGCAAAGGGAGAAGUAUGCCCUUGGAAUUAUUACACUCUUUCCUUCACUGAAGGAUCCCUUUUCUCCAAAGGUCUACGGAGCAUUUCUACGAUGGGGUGAAAGGCACUGGAUAUUUAGUGUGGCGCCUCAAGACCAUGUCCAGGUCUACAACCAAACGGCCAGUGAAGGAAGUCUCAGUGCCUCAAGAACAAGGGCCAAAGCGCCAAAGAUCAGCAACCACACUGCCUCAGCAACUUGACGGAGAUGCCUACAAGGAGUCCAUUUCAUUUCUUGUUCACUCUCCUGAUGAAGCAAGUGUAUUUCAGAAGAUGAAAUUGACGUUCCAACAUCGCCAGGACCUGGUGCAUGACCCACAAAGAACUGCAGAUGUCUUCAAAACAUUUCCAUGCUUUUUGGAUGUCAAAGGACUAGUCAAUCAAGACUUCCUGCUGCUGUUUGGUGCUGAAACAGCCGCCAAGUUGCUUGAGAAGUGGGACACCUCAUUCAAGCCAAAGGUUAUCAAAGAGGCCAAACACCUGACUCAGUCAACUGGCCUGUGUCGUCUGCUAAAAACUGCUGAGAAACUCACAGAGAAUGAUGAAAAUGACUGGGACAGUGACAUGGCUUCUCUGCUGCUGCUUCAUCUUUUGCCACCCACAGCUGGAUGGAAGAGGAGGACCAAAAUAAGUCCAAGUGAUGCAGCAGACAAAAUGGUGCACUUUCACAAGUCAUGCUGCAGCAUCGAUGAACACCUGCAAGAAAGAGAUGGUAAACAACCAUAUAUCCUCGCUGUUGGCCGAAUCCAGAGCAGGAUUGACACCUUCUACAUCGCAGUGGACAAACAGCUCAUCCCCUGCCAAGCCACCAGCUCACUGAGUGCUUUUGAUGAACUUUUCAAAUCCCACUAAGUGUUCAACUCAUCUUGCGAUGAGUCACUGGUUCAUCUCUACAGUUUUGUGCAGACUACCAUAUUCAACAUUGGUGCUAAAUCAACAGACGAGUCACUGCGUGUUCGUUGUCCUGACUUCGAGGGAACAACAUCUUCUGGACCAAAACGCUGCAGCACAAAAUCUAGAGUGAGCGCACGAUGGAGAAUUACGCUUGAUUCCAAUCCAGAGAAAAGAAACUCCGUCCUCAAACACGUCCGCAACAGAACGUGGUUCAUGAAGUUCGUUUGUCUCCACACUGUUUCACUCAUUUUCACAUCAAUCCAUCCUUCCAGAGGAAAUCUUCAUUGUGAAAGCAAACCUGAUUAUAAGCUCCGCCCCCAAAACGAUCCCAGAACUGGUCCUGAGUGUGAACUCGAAUAUUUGGACUAAAAUCCCCACAAAGCAGGACGAGGGGGAACGAGGAGAAAUGAGAACAGGCUGGACUGUGGAUGG